GGAUUUCAAUGAAAUUCAUGCAUUUAUUGUUCUUUCUGAAUCUCCAAACAUGAUCCGAAAGAUUGAUAAUAAUGGACCUCCGUUAUUCAAUCAUUAUAUUAAAAUCUGGGUAGAUAAAUGUGUCAAUGGCAUGAUUGAGCGCCGGGAUGGUGGUAAUGGACAAUGA